CCGACCCGCCCGGGAAUCGAACCUCUGGCUCGCGAGACGAGAGCCGCGGAGACAAACCCCCGACUGUCUCACACACACACACACACACACCGGUUGUUAUCAGAGACCCGCAACGAGGGAAGGAAACGGUUAAGGCAAGUCUGGGGGCAGAGAGGUUGUCCGGUCCCAAAAAAAUACACACGUCCGCAGGUCUGAGGGGACCACACAGCAGCCGUCGGGGAUAAGGCACCUCCUCAGAUGAUGCGUUUGAACGUUCAGAAUGGAGUCGUGUUCGGAGUCUUGGGAAUCUGUCUGAUCAACGUCUUCGUGAACAUCUUCAGAAUCCCGCAGCGCGGGUACCGGCCGAGGAACCUAAACAACACCUCGGAGACAACCCAACCGGUCGCCAGAGUGGAACUGAUCCAAAUUUCCCAUCAGUUCAAGAACUUUGUCCCAGUGAAGAGUGCCUUCUGGAACAAGCGCCAACAUCAGAUGUUCCAGCUGGUGGACCUACUACUGGAAACAUCGGGGGUUUACAUCCCGCCCCGGUGCCAGCUUACCGACGGGCACGGGAGCAUCGACAACUUCAACACCUACCCUCAGCCCCUCAAGGACUUUGUGCGAUACAUUGGCUGUAGGCAUUUCCCGCAGCUCAUCGACCACCCUCGCAAGUGCCAGCCCGAGCCCUUUCUGCUCUUGGUGGUCAAGUCGGUGGUGGGCAGCUUCGAGAGGAGGCAGGCCAUCCGGGAGACGUGGGGCAAGGAGGGCAAGGUGGAAGGACUGGAGGUCCGAUUGGUCUUCCUCCUGGGCUCCAGCCGCGGGGAAGGUUACGGGCCGAACCUCAAGGCGCUGUUGGGGUUCGAAGACGGGCUGUACGGGGAUCUGCUCCAGUGGGACUUCAGGGACACCCUCUUCAACCUGACCCUGAAGGACACCUUGUUCCUGAGAUGGGCCGACACCCACUGCCCCGGCGCCAGGUACAUCUUCAAAGGGGACGACGACAUCUUCCUCAACACGCCCGCCCUGGUCAGCCACCUCCGGAGCCUGAACCAGACCGAGACCUCCUCCCCCAUCUAUCUGGGCCAAAGCAUCCUCAACGCCAGCCCCUUGCGCGACCUCAAGAGCAAGUACUUCAUCCCCUCCACGCUAUACGAAGGAGCCUACCCGGGGUACAUGGGUGGAGGGGGCUUCGUGUACUCGGGCUCCCUGAUCAAACCCCUCUACGCCGUCUCCCACUACAUCCCCUUUUUCCCCAUCGACGACGUGUUCACCGGCAUGUGUUUCCUGGCGCUGGGGGUGUCGCCCACCCACCACGAGGGGUUCAGGACGUUCGAUAUCGACCAGCGGCACCGCAGAGACCCUUGCGUUCACCGAGACCUCCUCCUCGUUCACCAGCGAACCCCCCUGGAGGUCACCUGGCUCUGGGAAGCCGUCCGUAACCCGGAGCUGAAGUGCUAGGAAACCCACGGCCAGCGAAGAGGUCGCAGGUGUUAAGAUAACGGGGCGAAUUCUGACGAGGAGAUUGUCAAGGAACCCCCCGGUUAUAAUUUGCUCGGAACUCGCUGUUCGGGUGGAAAAGCUCCCAACGCUCCUGGGAAGCAGAUUCGAUACUAGUUUUUCCCGAAGGGAAUUGAAGAGGAACAGUGCGCAGGGUUACGGGGGAAGAGUGGGGACCAGUCGGGGUAAUACCCAUCCGUUGGCUCUGGUCAACGUCUUGAAUCUCACGGCUCUCACCUCCUCCUCCUACCCGACCUCCCCCUAUAUCUCCCCGAACCCGAACACAACCCGGGUGUCAGGUUCGACCCCCAAUUAUCCUUCCUCCCCCACAUCCGGUCCCUC